CCUGGUUUCCACUCCUUCGGCCUGGAUUACCGUAGCCAUUAAUAGCCUCCUCGGCCACCUCCCUUCCCAAGGCCAACAACGUGGUCUGUCACCCACUGGAGGUCGAGUGACGAAGAGUCUCGAAACGGAGAUCGAUAUGCCGUCUCCGAGGUUCUUCUUCGUCGACGAGGGACGGCGCCAGCACUUCCUGGGCGCCUGCUUUCUUUGUAAGAAGCCCAUCGCCGAGAACGAGGACGUCUUCAUGUACAGAGGGGACACGCCCUUUUGCAGCACGGAGUGCCGGUGGGAGCAGAUGGACAUGGAUGAAGCUCUUCAGAACGAAGCGAGGACGCAGUCACCGCCUCCCGUGAAGCGCAAGCCGAGCUUGAUCGUUCGCUCCGAGUGUGAUGAGAACCAGUUCGUGUCCGAUGCUACUGCAGUUGUUGCUGGCUAAGAACCAGCAGUGAUCUGUGGGCGAGAAAGCCUGUUGUGGCUCCAUGAGAUCCUCCUCGGAUUCAAGUCCAAGUUCAUGUACCUAAGUUGGAACAAAGCUUCCAGGAGAACAACAAAAAUCCAAGCAAAAGAAACCGAGGAUAACAAGAAGAGAAUGAGUGAGCUGAGUGAAAGAAGACUAGAGGAGAUGUGUUUUGUAUGGUUAUUAUUUUCUUUUUUUUCUGUCUUUCGGGCUUGAUGUACAAAAGAAGAGAGAUCAAUGUUUCAAUAUCUUUUGUGUGGA